AAUAAAAAUAUCAAAUAAUAACCAACAUCAAUCAUUCAUCAACGCAUUGAUAAAGAAUUUAGUAGUCAAUUUUAACUUAAGAAAAUUUAUAAUGUUUAUUAACCUCAUUACGUUGAAUAACUUGUCGACGACGAAGAGUUGUGUCGGGGAUAGGAAUAUUUAAAUCUUGAAGGUAUUGUUUGUAUGGACCUCGGCGUGACAUUUCUUUUAAUAUAAAAGCAACUAUUAAUUAAUAAUUUUGAAUUACGUUGAAAUUGACUCGUUCAGGCUCGUAUAGCUUGCUAAUGCUAACAAGUGGCGUCAGAGCAUUGGCCCAUAGGGCCCGAGUGUGCCGUUUAUUUUACGUAUACGGUACUGCAUAGCGCGCCACGCUUUCUUCAGUAUCCAUGCGCGGACAUGAAUUUUCUUGUAAGUGAAAAAACAAUUGCCGCCACAGGAUUAUCAUCUGCGUGACCGCGUGUGAUGCGUUAUACUGGUAUCGCGAUAUUGCGAUAUUUCUAUUGUCAAGCCACGCUGUUUUACAAUAUCUGCAUCAAUUGUGGUAUUUUUACCGGUUGAUAUAUACGCAUCGUGGAAAUUUGAAGAGUGAAUAAGUGCAGUAAUCAUGUCUAAUAUAAAAAGUGCUGUGGAAACAAAAUUGUCAGAUGAGAAGUGUCUCGUCGUGCAGUUUAUUAAUGAGAGACAUAAACCUGUUCAAGUGGGCUUUCAAGCGUGGUUAAAAAAGGAAAAUACAGAAUCAGAUUUGAGUCACCUCCUAAACUCGGAGGUGAUCAUUCGAUGGCCCGUAGCAGAGGACAUAAAAUGUGCCAAAAUGAUGGAAAAAAUGAUUAAGAAGAAAAAUAUUACUUGGGAGGACUUGGUUGUAAGAGUGCGAUCUUUGGGAAUAUUUACUGAUAUGUGCCAACACGUCAAAAAUAUUGAACUUUUUGGCGUGCCUAAUCCUUCUCGAGAAGAGAGACGGAAACUUUGCCAUAAGCCAUCAGGCUCAUCUAAUCAAAGCCACACGCUUGAUUUUAACUCAUCAGAAGAUGACAGUGAGCCUAAUAAAUCAUUAAAAAAGCGGAAGAAGACUGAAACAUCAAGUAUUGGAAAAAGUCAUAGUUUACAGUCGCCAAUAGAAAACUUAUCAAGAGAUUUUAUAAAAAAAUCAUCUCGGAUUGAUUUAAUAAAUAAUGAAGAGGAGAAGGAGAAUGACGAAGACGGUUCUAUGUUUAAAUGGAGUAAAACCAAACUAAUCGAUUUAAUAAAUACUUUACAAAUAGAAAACAAAAAGCUAAGGGAAGAUAAUGCCAGAUUACGAGCAUUAAGAGCUAUUAACGAAGAUUUACAUAAAAUGACUGCCAUGUCAUCUACUUUAUUUAAAGACAUGGAUAAAUUACGCAGGAACAUUGAUUCUCUACGUAUUAAAGCUGAUCAAAGCAGUAACAAAAACAAGAAUAGUGAUAACAUUAAUAAUAAUAAUAAUAAUAUUAAACUAAGUUAUUUAAAUAAAGAUGAACAGAAGGAAAAUAAUAUUAGUCACAAUGCUGGAAGUACUUCGGAGAUUGUUGAAACACAAAGUGAGAAUUCACAGCAGCAGAUAUUAUUAAGUAUUGCUCAUAUAGAGCAACCAGAGAAGUUUCAGGCUAAACCAUCAAUUACUAUAGAAGAUCUCACAGAUUUUGCGGGAAGACAAGUACAGACCGAACAAUUAAAAAGACUCAGUCGCAGCAAACUAUCUUUAUUCACAGCUUCUGUGAUGGAUCUAGUUUUCACAGAUGAGGAAAUGGCCAAUUAUAGUAUGACUGGAAUAAUGAGCAAUUUCUCUCGAGGAAAAACUAAACUCCAUGCAGAAGAUGUGAAGGCCAAGCCAGAGCUGAAUCCUCCUGUGAAAAACGCAGUGAUGGAAUACAUUCUAAAGGAAUUUGAUUGUCCUACAGAAGGGCCAUUAAACAAGGCUGCAAUAGCAGAAAUUUUUAAAGCAAUGAAAAGUAAAUUAAAUAAUAAAUCAAAUAUAUGGCGUAACAAAAAUAAACAAAUAUCAAUGGGACCUGCAGUUAUUCAAUAACAGCAAGAUAAAAAAAUGGAAGAUUCUGCAUAAGAGCGUGACCUACAAAUAGUAAAAAAUAUAUCAAUAUAUUCUUAUAUUUUCUUUAAUU